AUGUCCACCAAGGUCUUCGAGCAUGCCUUUUACAUCGGUGGCCAGAUGAGCGCCAUCCUCUACGGCGUCGAUCUCGUCAUGUACUUCACGACGAUGCAAGCGCUGCUAACAAAGUCUGACGCGCGGCGGAGCGACCGGUUCUUCACGGUGUACAGCACGAUCAUGCUGCUCCUGCUCACGAUCGACGUGUCGACCAACGCCGUGUGGGGCGAGCAGAUGUGGAUAACGUUCCGUGACGAGCCCGGCGGUGUGCCCGAGUUCAUCGCGACGCAGACUGCGGUGUGGUACGAGACGCUAUCGUCGACGUCCGUCGUCGCGCUGAUUUUCAUGAGUGAUGCGCUACUGAUCUACCGCUGUUUCAUCCUCUGGGGAUCCCGCUUGGUCAUCAUCGUCCUGCCAAUUCUCGUCUACCUAGCCGCCUUCGCCCUCGCCAUCUGCGAGCUCGUCUCCGCAGGUGUCCCGGGCGGAGACUUCUUCGCAGGCAAGUCCGUCAACUUUGGCGUGCCCUACUAUGCGCUCUCAAUCGCGCUCAACAUCUGCCUCACGCUGCUCAUCUGCGGGCGCCUCGUCUACCUCUCGCGCUUCGUGCGCGCCGCGAUGGGCAGGGAGAGCGCGCAGCUCUACACGGGGCUCGCGUCGCUCAUGAUCGAGAGCGCAGCGCCGUACAGCAUGCUCGGUAUCAUGUUCCUCGUGCCGUAUGCGCGCGGGAGCGACGUCAGCAUCGCGUUCGGGCAGGUGUGGGCGAAGCUCACGUGUCUCUCGCCGCAGCUUAUCGUCCUCCGCGUUGCGACGCGUCGCGCGUGGGACCGCACGACGAUCAGCCAGGCACAGAGCAUGCAGUUCGCGACGGGGGCGACGUCGACCGUGCAGCCGUCGACGGGCACGUCCAAGUCGGAUAAGGAGGACGAGUUGUUGCCCAUUACGUUCUCGACCGUCGGCGGGAACGGUGCAGCGCUGUUGAGCCCCGUCUCGGAUCAGGGCUCUGGAAAGUGGAGCAGGAGCGGUGUUGGUGAGGUGUAG